AGUUAAUCCACUUUUCCUCCUUACAAAAAUUUAUACGCCCUACCCUAGAUUCUAAAAUCCAAUCCAGUGUCGGAUUCGCGAAGGCGAAGAAGAUAAAUAACAGUUGCUUUAUUCAUCACAGGAAAAUCUGAACACGCCUGAAUCCGGCUUCGUAGUAGAUUAAGGCAGUGAAGUGUGUGUUUGACCUAGAAGAAAAAAGGGAAUGGCGCACAGGUUGUUAAAAGACCCGGAGGCUGACGGAUGGGAACGGUCUGACUUUCCUAUCAUUUGCGAGUCUUGCUUAGGUGACAAUCCCUAUGUCAGAAUGACCAGAGCUGACUUCGAUAAGGAAUGCAAGAUAUGUACUCGACCAUUUACAGUGUUUAGGUGGAGGCCUGGCAGGGAUGCGAGAUUUAAAAAGACUGAAGUUUGCCAGACUUGCAGUAAGUUGAAAAAUGUUUGUCAAGUCUGUCUUUUGGAUCUAGAGUAUGGUUUGCCUGUUCAAGUUCGUGAUACUGCUCUCAGUAUAAAUUCCAACGAUGCUAUUCCAAAGAGUGAUGUGAAUAGAGAGUAUUUUGCCGAGGAGCAUGACCGAAGGGCUAGGGCGGGUAUUGAUUAUGAGUCUUCAUAUGGAAAGGCUCAAGCAAAUGAUACUAUUCUGAAGCUUCAAAGAACAACACCAUACUACAAAAGAAAUCGAGCACAUGUUUGUAGCUUCUUUGCACGUGGUGAAUGCACACGAGGUGCCGAAUGCCCCUAUAGGCAUGAGAUGCCCAUAACUGGGGAGUUGUCACAGCAAAAUAUUAAAGAUCGUUAUUAUGGAGUGAAUGAUCCUGUGGCAAUGAAGCUACUCAACAAGGCUGGAGACAUGCCGUCAUUAGAACCACCAGAGGAUGAAAGCAUUAAAACGCUCUAUGUAGGUGGGCUUGAUGCGAGGAUCAAUGAGCAGGACCUAAGGGAUCAGUUUUAUGCUCAUGGCGAAAUUGAAUCCAUAAAAAUGGUGCCUCAAAGAGCAAUUGCUUUUGUAACCUACACAACCAGAGAAGGAGCAGAAAAGGCCGCAGCGGAGCUCUCUAACAGGCUAGUCAUCAAGGGUCUGCGUCUGAAAUUGAUGUGGGGUAGACCGCAAGCACCAAAACCUGAGUCGGAAAGUUCUGAUGAAGCAAGGCAGCAGGCAGCAAUGGCCCAUAGUGGGAUGUUGCCCCGUGCAGUUGUAUCUCAGCAACACAACCACUUAAAUCCACCCGGCACCCAGGACCAACAUCCUCCAAUGCACUACUUCAAUAUUCCCCCACCACCUCAGCAAGAACGAGCAUUUUACCCGUCAAUGGAUCCUCAAAGAAUGGGUGCCCUUGUUGGAUCCCAAGACGGUACUCCUAAUGGGCCUGCAGGAUCAGGUGAGAAUAAAUCUGGAUUGGAGAAGCAGCUCGGGCAGCACUAUCCAUAUCAAAGUAUGCCACCACCUCACGUGCAAUACCAACAACAAUACCAACAACAACAUUAUCCAGCAUAUGGUUAUAUGCCGCCAGUGCCACCGUAUCAGCAGUAUCCUCUGCCAUAUCACACUCCUGUGCCUCCCCCACAGGUGGUGCAAUCCACACAGCAGUAUCAGCAUCCUGUGCCACCGCCAAUGGCUGCACCUGCAGAGUCCAUGACCUCAUUGCCCCCACCUCAGGGAUCCCGAGCACCUGCAGGGUCCAUGCCCUCUGGACCCCCACCUCAGGGAUCUGAAGCACCUGCUGGGUCUAAACCCUCCGGCCCACCAUCUCCUAGACCUGGAGAACCUGAAGAAUCUAAACCCUCAGGGCCCCCACCUUAAAUUUUGUUUAGAUGAUAUACUUUCUCGUCAAGCGUUUUGGAUUUAAGUUUUCUCUUGCUUGUAUUGUUGGUUGCAGUAAUUUGUUUAACAUACUAUCUGAUUAAGAAGGCAAGAACUUGCAUCAGAAUCUAUUAUCUAUGAGAAGUUGUGAUGCAAUUUAUA